GUUCUUCUAGGCUAUACCAAUUUUGGCGGCAAUCCCCACACAUUUUAGCGCGUUUUUGUGUACACGAAGAUGUCACUAAGCGAUUUCUUCGCUAAACAAAGUAAAAAGAAGUCUAAGAAGAAACAGAACCCGACGGAAUUAAUGGAUUUGCUAACAAAAGGUGGAGAAGUAUUCAAAUCUUACCCUGAAUCUAAUGCUCCUCAGGAAAGUAAACCCAUUGCUUCUGAGAAAGAUGACGAGUGGGAAAUUAUAGACGACGAAAAAGAAAUAGACCUUCAAAACAUUCGGGUGUACAAUCUAUCUUCCUCCAAUACUGAUGAGUCUUCUAAGAAUUUAUCUAAAAAUAAGGAUUCUCGUGGCGAUAGUGAAUCUACGGUGGAAAAGAAAGCUUGGGGUGCCAAACCUGUCGAAGUUCCCGAACCCGUGGAACCAGUUGUACAACCACCACCUAAACCUAACGUCUACAUCCCUGCUCCUCUGAGACAGGGAGGCAGUGCUUUGGGUUCUGUAGCUCCAAAACCUGACGUAGCCAGUUCAAUGGAUUUUCCUACCUUGGAUGCAUCUGUCACUGAACCUCAGAAGAAGGAAACCCAACCAAGCAAUGAUAGUAACGGCGGCAAUUCCCCGUGGCAACAGGCAGGUGUACGUCGUGCUAAUCCAACGCCUAGUGCAUUACCAAUAGCCGUUAGUACUGCACCGUCCACUUACAUACCACCAAGUUUGCGACAAGCAGGGAGUUCAGGGCUUAGAAGUGUUGGUCCAGGUUCUACUGGAGAUGUCUUCAGGCCUCGUGAUGACCCGCCCUCUCGUUCAGACGUAGAUUCAGGGUUUAGAAGAUUUGCUGAAAAUCCAGAACUUAAUGAAGCUGCCUUUUCAGGUGGUGGUUGGGCCAGAGGAAAUAUUAUCGGUGGAAAUCCCAGUAGCAAUACUUUUGGUCAACUACCUCCAAAUUCCUCGGAUGCUAGCUUCCGCACAUCGUCAGAAAACACAAAUGGAUGGUCUCGAAACGUAAAUGUGAAGACUUACAAGGAUGUGCGUGAGACGCCUGGAUUAGAAAUCGACUUAAAAAACCGAUUCACAGCACUUAGUGAAACUUGAAACUAAACACCAAAUGGGUUCUUAUCAGUUUAUCUGUUUAAAUUUCCAUCUUACGAAAGUAAUGAAUAUGCCUAAUAUCUCCGGAAAGUGAUAUUUUGAACAAUUUGGAAGAACAGCGAUGUGAAGAUAGCAGUUGACUCUUAAUUUAUUUUUGAUAAGUUUCUAUUACUAAUGGAAAGUAUCAUAAGCUUUGAUGAAUUAUCUUUAAUAGGUGUGGUUGACUCACUCAACAACACAUUUCUAACACAAUUUAUUUUCAAUAUGUGAUGAGAAUCUUUUAUCAUCACAAUGUUUUGAAAGCAACUUUUUUAGUUAUUCUAUCGCUUCACAACUCUGAGAUAUUUGACUAGUUAUUUUUUCGAUGAAGCGUUUGUUCAAUUUAAAAUUUUAAUACUUUUCUUAUGAAGCUCACGAGAUUAGUGCAUGUUAUUCAAGCUAGUACUUAUCUUUUUCCUCAAAUGUGCUGGAUUUUAAUAAAACUUUGUUUUCCUUGUUUGAUAUCCUGAUCAUUCGGUUGAGAAUCUUCAAUGUUUAGUUAUGUUUUAAAUAAUGGUUAGUCAUUGAUAGUCGUGUAGUUUCUCAAGCAUAUACCAGUGCACGUUUUGUUAAGUUACAGAGAAUCGACAAAAUCACGUCUCUUGUGCAGCGGCCGAGUUUUAGCAGUAGUUGUAAGGGUUCGAAACAUUCCAAAAAUCACAUUGUCAUUUUCUUUCUGUACCACAAUGACAGAUUAUUCAUAUUGUAAUUGAAUAGUUUUUCGCUCAUUCGCUCUGGAGAAGUUGACUAGACAGCGGUAAGACUAUAUAAUUACUCUCAAGAGACG